GGAUUAUUGUGGUAGCCAUUGUUAUAGCAACUGCCAACUAGUACUACUAUUUAGCUCUCUGUAGGUCGUCACUUUUCCAUCUUCCCCCCUUUUCUUUCUUUCUUGUACAUUUUGACCUUUUAGGGGGUCUACUCUACACUCCUACGUCUCUCCAAGCAAAGCAAAAGGGCAAAGUCUUGGCAAUUAAAAGGGGCACACGAGGCCACACCUAAACUUGUUCUUCAUGGUUUGAUGCCAAGCAAAAAACACAGGAGGAGAAGAAAAGGGAAAGCUGGUUUAUCUGUAUAGAGAAAAAGAAGAUUUCUUUUCUUUCUAUUUCAUCUCUCCCCCGGUCAAAAGCCUCCAUCUUUUGUUUACUUUCAUUGUGAAAAAUAAAUUUUGUGGCAGCUGAAAGAUGAGCCCUUUUUCCUUCCCCAAUCCCCACCUUUACCUCACUGAUUACUUCUUUCAGUUCUUCUCUGGGUACCGAUGAAAACUAGUACCCAAGUUUUUGGACCCUAAUUAAAGCCUUACCCGUGAAUCCCAUUUGGCGUGUUUGCCAUUAUAAGCUGUCCACACAAUCUGUGUCGUUGUCUCUCUGGGAAAAAGACCCGAGCUUUGGAAGUGUAAUGAUGGGUUUCGAAGAAAGCGGCAAAGAGAGGAAAAUGGCGGGAGGAAGAGUGGUUGAUUGUGGUCACAAGCGUUCAAAGAGUGCUUGUGGUCCGAGCUUUUGGAGGGUUUUUUAGCCAUUGUAGCAAAGUGGGGCAAAGGUUUUUCUCUGUUCUUUUAUGGCAUUUUGACAACAACAAACGAACACUCCCCUCCAGUGAAAGUGGUGGGCUUCUUAUCAUCUUUCAACGAGGCCUUCUCUCUGAUAUAUAUUUCUGUUAGCAAUGAGCUACCGUUGGUCGUGGGUAGCAAAUGAGAACAGUUUUAGGAUGAUGGGUUUUCGGAAAUUGUUUGCUAAAUGGACCUCUGUUAGAAGCUUCCCUGACAAGAAAGGAUUGGAAGAAGAUGGACGAGAUAGUUCUCUUGGAGCUUCACACCGUAGCAAGCUUGAUAUGGGACACCUGAAGGACUCUGUCAAAAGCAAGAGGAAACAAUCCCCAAAAGUUGAAGCUCAAAGUUCUUUGAAGCAAGAGAUUCUGCAACUUGAGAAAAGAUUACAAGACCAAUUCCAGGUUCGUGGUGCUCUGGAGAAGGCGUUGGGUUACCGGACCGCCUCCCUUGGGGGGGUACCUGAAGACUUAAUGCCCAAGCCAGCCACAGAACUGAUAAAGGAAAUAGCAGUGCUAGAGCUUGAAGUUGUGUAUUUGGAACAGUACCUCCUCUCAUUGUACAGGAAAGCAUUUGAUCAACAAACAUCUUCAGUGUCUCCAUCCAGCAGGGAAGAAAGGUCCAAAUCAGUUGUUACUACUCCAAGGCUCAGAUUCCAGGAUGUCCCCCCGAGACCCAAUGUCAUGUCUACUAGAGAAAAUUUAACACUUCAAUCACAGGAAAAGCCAUCAAAGGAAAAACUAUUAUUAGACUCCAGCAUCCAACGUUGUCAAUCCUCUCUCUCACAAUGCUCAGCAUUUCCUGCUAGACUUUCUCCUCUAGAAGCAGAUUCGUCUUUGGGAAGAGACGUUCGUGCUUGUCACUCACAGCCUUUGUCCAUGAUGGAGUUUGCGCAAAAUGCAACAAACGUUAUCAGUUUGGCAGAACAUCUUGGGACAAGAAUCUCUGAUCAUGUGAAUGACACUCCUAACAAGCUUUCCGAGGAUAUGAUUCGUUGCAUGUCUGCCAUAUACUGCAAGCUUUCGGACCCACCGGUGACAAAUAACGGCUUGUCAUCUCCAGUAUCGUCAUUGUCUUCAAUGAGUGCUUUUUCUCCACAAGAGCAAUGUGAUAUGUGGAGUCCUGGCUUCAUGACCAAUUCUUCAUCCUUCGACAUACGGCUAGAGAACCCGUUCCUUGUCGAGGGACUGAAGGAGUUCAGUGGACCGUACAGUAUGAUGGUUGAAGUGCCCUGGAUUUAUAGAGAUAAUCAGAAGCUGGGAGAUGUCGAGUCCUUGCUGCAGAAUUUCAGAUCACUGAUUUGUAGAUUGGAGGGAGUUGACCCAAGGAAGCUGAAACAUGAAGAGAAGCUCGCUUUCUGGAUCAAUGUUCAUAAUUCUCUAGUGAUGCAUGCGUUCCUUGCAUAUGGUAUUCCACAGAACAAUGUCAAGAGACUCUUCCUUCUGUUAAAGGUAAAUAUUCAUUUUCAUCAACUGGAAAAAACUUCAGUGAGUUAUUUGUUUUAUUGGCUCUUACACCUUUGCUUUCUUCAGGCUGCUUAUAAUGUUGGCGGCCAUACGAUCAGUGCAGACAUGAUUCAGAGCAACAUCCUUCAAUGCCGGAUGUCUCGUCCUGGCCAGUGGAUUAGAUUACUGAUCCCUUCAAGAUCCAAAUUCAAGUUGGGAGAUGAAAGGCAAGGCUACACAAUUGAUCACCCGGAACCCCUCUUGCAUUUUGCACUCAGCUCGGGUAGCCAUUCUGACCCUGCGGUACGCGCCUACACGCCAAAGGCUGUAUAUCAAGAGCUGGAAGCAGCAAAAGACGAGUACAUUCGAGCUACAUUUGGGGUACGAAAGGACCAAAGGAUCCUACUUCCAAAGAUCGUCGAAACUUUUGCAAAGGACUCGGGUCUAAGUCAGUCCGCUGUAGUCGAAAUGAUUCAAGGGUCUCUGCCGGAUUCUCUGAGGAAAUGUGUCAGGAAAUGCCAGCUAGGAAAACCUCGCAAGAUCAUCGAAUGGAUGCCACAUAACUUCAGUUUCCGGUACCUGAUCUCGAAAGAGCUGGCUAGAUGACAUUGCCAUAUAUAGUUUGUUUGGUAUUGGGUUUGAUAUACAUAUAUGUUUCUUGAAUCAAUUACAUAGGGAAGGGUGACCAUCAUUUUGUAAAAAGUGGUAAAGUAGGAAGAUGAGAAAUCAGUGAAGGCAUUUUCCAUGUUAGGAGAGUAGAGAUUGUUAACCCAAUUACCCAACGCCAAUAUGUUUUUGUGCCUGGUAAUAGUAUAUUGUAAUUUGGCAGUGCUGAGGAGAAAGGGUUAUGAUUUUCUGUAGUGAUCUACACCUUUUAUAAAGGGAGCUACUAAUUAACGCCCUAACUUUUUAAAUUUGUCGCCCUAAAAUUACUCAAUUUGACAAUUUUGCCCACAAUUUAUUCUCAAUCCCUAACCAAGUUUCGCCCUAAUAAUUCUCGCUCGUUGUCAUCGUUCGCCCUGGAAUUCUUCGCCGUCCC